AAAAUUAAUUUUCCAAAUCCAUGGCUCUAUCAUCUUCCUACACUUUGUGCCUUCCCUGUUAUAGCAAGUUCAAGUAUCCUCUCCAUAUUAGAUCCCAAACCUUCAAUCAUGAUGGAAGAUCUGCAAAGAUGGUGGAUGCAAAUAUAGGAGUUUUAAGAGAAAGAAUGGCAGAAAUGAGAAUGAAAGAAAGAUUAGAAAAUUGUUGCAGAAAUUUUCAAAAUGGUUGGGAUUAUCAGAUUUAUGGUUAUAAUUAUGAUCAAUACAAAAGAGUUUCUAUGGUAUGUGAAUCUCUCAAGAUUAUUAGUUCAGCUGGUAGUGCACUUGUUUUUGUAUUUCUUAGUGGUUCUUUUUUCAUUUUUCUUGUUUCUAUUUUAAUUCAUCUAAUUAAUAUGCAGUAUAUAUAAUUAAUUAUGUAUAGUUAUACUGUG